AUGGCCGGCACACAAUUUCCUUAUCCGCGAAAGUCGUCGACCACCACAGCCGGCGUCUACGCCCCUGCGCGCUCCACCACCACUACACUGCGCCAACGGAGAGCACUGAAAACAUAUGGCUUGAUCCUCGUCGCUUUCAUAGCCCUGGUCUGGCUGCUCACCUUCCUCUUCCGCUCACCGACCUCGUCAACGACACUCUCCCCAGACCUCUACCGCACACCAUCCACGAGCGUCCCCGCGGGCACACCCUCAGUGGUCAUAGUAACCACAUUCGACCCGAACCUUUCACCGAAACACCGUGAAACAUUGCAAGAAAACCGCAAACACUAUGCUUCGCGCCAUGGCUAUGCAACCUUCUUCCCCAACACAAACGAUUACGACCUGAUGCCCAACACCCCACCAUCAUGGUCCACGAUCCCAGCUCUACGCCACGCCAUGACCCUCUAUCCACACACUCCAUGGAUAUGGUACUUGACAUCAACGGCUCUCAUCAUGAACACCGAAGAGCCUCUCCAAUCCAAAUUGCUCAACGCAAAAAGGUUAGAGGAGCUCAUGAUCACGGAUCRGCCUGUGGUCCCACCGGACAGUGUGAUCAGAACCUAUUCGCAUCUGCGAGGGGAGCAUAUUGAUCUGAUCCUGUCUCAAGAUCAGGACGGUCUUGCUGGAGGAAGCAUGUUUGUCAGGAAUGGGGAGUGGGCAAAGUUCUUCUUGGACGCGUGGUUCGACCCCCUAUACCGGACCUAUAAUUUUCAAAAGGCGGAAGGACAUGCGUUGGAGCAUAUUGUACAAUGGCACGGGACUAUCCUGGCGAAGUUGGCGUUGGUGCCACAAAGGAUCUUGAACAGCUACACGCGGGCUGUGGGUAGGGAGACGGGUGAGGGUCUCUACCAAGAAGGCGACUUCAUCGCCAAUUUCCACGGCUGCCAACGAGAAGCCACGAGAAGUUGUGAAGAGGAGAUGAGCCCCUUGAUAUCAAGGUGGAGAGAGCUGAGAGACCAAGAAGGAAGGAGAUGA